UGUUUUGAUGUGGGUUCUUAUUGGCUGUCUAAUUGAUCAAGUAUUUCAUGUUGAAAAACAAGGAUUGAUUUUACCUAACAGAAAUCACAUUUACAUUGGAAUGACCAGACAUGAAAAAUAAACUAGGAUUUUACUUUUUGAUAUUUGUUGUUACGGCAGAGAGUGCUCUCAGUGUUUUAGCAGGCAUAGGAUGUUAUAAAGAGAACAAAAGACGCCGAUAUUUCAGUAGGAACCCGGGCGAUUUUGACCCGGGCGCACUAACGCCUACUGUAUGUGCAGCAAAAUGUGGCAGUUUUAAAUUCUCUUAUGCAGCAAUAGCUGAAGGAAGAUUUUGUUUUUGUGGAGACGCACUGCCAGACAUUUCGUUUAAAGAUAAUACCAACACAAAAUGUACAGAAAAAUGUUCUGGUGACGUAGGACAAGACUGUGGGAGUAAAGACUAUGUCAGCGUCUUCACUGCAGCCCCUCCUAUAUUAGGUCUCACUUUGACAUCGAGUGCAGGCAGUAAUGUUGUCCAAAAUCACGAUGAAGUUACUUUCUCAGCAAACAUAUUAUCAGGCGGAGCCCAGUUGGCCUUCAAGAUGGAUUAUGAUGAUGGCGCAGGUAAAACCGACCAAAAUGCUACCAACAUGUGGCAAAGAAGAUAUCACGUGCCUGGUCAUUAUAAAGUGUCAGUUUACGGAAAUGACCAGAUGGAAUCUUUAAUGGAGAAGGAAGCGACAACAUCAGUAAUGAUAGAUUCCCCUGUGAAGACUUAUACUCUGACCUGUCCGGCCUACAUGGCUACUCACGAGGAAGAUUUCUGUACUGUCAGUGUAUUGGAAGGAUCUUAUUUGGAACUGAAGUACUCUGAAGAUUCUGAACUGAAAUCUACAUUCUCCAUUGCAGAUCCGCCAAUAUAUAUAACUGGGCCUGCUAUUCCGACAAAAGGAGGCACACCAUUAGUAUCGGGUGAAACAGGAACAUCCUUUAUUGUGAUGCCAGCUUCGGAAUUCAUGUAUAAGAGUGUAGUCAUCGGAUUUGAAGCGUACGCUGAGGUCCCUGGUAAUAUCGACAUUUUGAUUAUGUCACCAGCUUGUAAUUCACCUGCUUAUUGCUUUGAUAAGAAUGAUUGCUCAAGUGGAUGUAGUGGUAUACAUGAAAGAUCAUGUAUAUCUAAAGAGUUUUGUCCAUCAAGCAUGUCCUGCUGGUCAUCAGGUUCUAGUACAUGUGAUACAACACCUACCCGAUACGACGGUACUCAGAGAACAAAUCUCAAUAUUGUAAGAACUGUAACACAUAACAUUGCAUCUGGGUAUAAUUAUAUCCCUAUAGACGCCACAGCCGAUUACAUUCAAGUCGAAAAUGGCUAUAUCCUUGGAUAUAAAGCUACUGUAGGCAGACUGAAUGCAGUAUCUGCAAAUACGAGUGAAACGGACAUUAAAUCUACUGACGUUGCAAUUGCCUCAAAUGCCAGUCCACUUUCCUCACUGAAGAGACAUUUACUAAGAGCCAUAACAUCUGGUGGCAGCGAUGCAUACAUCCCAGUUAAAUUUACCACCUCGGGUGUCAAGGAUAUAAGUAUUACAGUGAGUAACAAACGAAUUACUGGAUCAGAAAGUAACACCACACAGAUUAAUGUUAUGGAGGGAGUUGAUAUGGCUAUCACCAAUAUUCCACAGUAUAUAGAGAAAGGACUGGUCACUACAUUCCAGUUAUUACCACAUACAGGAACAAACGUUACUUACUGGUGGGAUUUCGGUGAUGGUACAGCUAUAAAUACAACUGAUGCAACAUACGAUUACACUUACAAUACCGUUGGUGAAAUGAAUGUGUCGAUAACCGCCUUUAAUCAAAUGAGUAGCAAGAGUAACACGACCGUUGUACAAGUCCAAGAUAGAAUAAGAAAUCUUGCGCUGGUUAAUAGUUUAGCAGUUGUAGGGGAAACUACCUCUAUACCCAUAUCAAUGACAACAGGGUCGAACUACACAUGUACAUGGAAGAAAGAUGGAGUUGUCAUAGCAACAACUGACGAUAUAACAAGUCCACCAGGCGGAACCUUUGAUUAUACAUUUACUGAGGAAGGUACAUAUGAAAUAUCUGUUGUUUGCGCCAAUCAAAUAAAUCAGAUGUCAUCUGUUGCAACUUUUAACACACAGUUCAGGAUAACUAACCUUCAACUCGUAAAAACGGGGGCUCUCAAAGAUUCCACAUUUACAAUCGACUGGACAUGGACAGCUGGAUCAAGCCCUCAGUUUACUUUACAGUAUGAUUCACAGGUACGAACCUUCACUACAGAUCCAUACUUUAAUAAAGCAUCAUCCGAAUCUUUGAGUGCAGGAAGUUCAAUCACACAGUACCCACUAAACCUAACAGCAUUUAACCUGGUUAGCAAUGAGCAGAUUGUAAUACAAUUUGGAAUUGAAGAGGAAAUAACUGGUCCAUCUAUUACUUCUAGUGUUUCCAUAUACCCUGUCAAAGGUUAUGGUACUAUUAGUAAAAAUGAUGUGGUGACAUUUACCGUUGAUGCCACUGGUGGCACGAGUGUUGUUAUUGAUUGGAAAUACGACGACAGCGGACCUGAUGAUUCAGUUUCUAUACCUUUAUGGUCUGCAACACCAGCACAAUCUAAAAAUCACCAAUUUACUUCACUUGGAUGGUUUAACGUGGAAGUAAAAAUUUCCAAUCUUUACAACUCACAUUCCCAAAUUUUCAGACUAUUGGCAAUCGCACCGAUUCAGAACCUUGUAAUGAGUAUAUCUCCUGACCCAGUCUUGUUUUUGCCACCGGCGACAGUUACACUUUCAUUUAGUAAGAGUGUUCCAAGUGAUCCGGAUCCGAAUGAAGCAUCGGUGUCUUUUAAUUAUGGAGAUGGGAAAAGUGAAACCAUUCCAUUUGACGUCAAUCAACAAUACACACAUGAAUUUAGAGAAACCACUCCAUCUGGAACGUAUACAAUUACAGCUAACAUAUCCAACGUUAUCAGCCAUCUGAUAUUGAAUGGAAAUGUUAAAGUAGUUGAGAAGAUAGAGGAUGUUGAGAUAUUACCGGAUCCGGAAUAUGCAGCUUUUGGGGAUCCUGUCAAUGUCAAUGUUAAAAUGAGGAGAGGUGGAACUGGAGCAGACUUAACGCUGGAUUGGAAUCUAGGCGAUGGUUCUGCUACUACAUCUGGCAAUAGAAUAGGAGUUAGUCCCUCCGGCUUCGACACUAAAGUUGCAACGUAUUCAACGGAAGGAACACACACAAUUACAAUAACAGCUAAAAGUACUAUGGAAACAAUUGUGACAACCAAAGACAUAAUAUGCCAGAAGAAAAUCACAAUAGACCCGGAUGUUACUUCAAAUCAUCCUCAAAAUUUUAAUUUAGGUGGCACCAUUAACUUUAAUUUCCUAUAUAGUGGAACACCUGCUCCAACAGGUGCGACCUUACUAGUCAACUAUGGAGACGGUACAGAAGAAUAUAAAGACGCAACAUGGUUAACCACAUCAAGUGGAUCUACUCAAGUAUUUACACAUACCUAUACCACUGAUGGAAAUUAUGUUACUACUGUUACACUGUCUAAUCUGGUAUCUACAAAAAUAGUCCAACUAUUUAGUGGUGUUUACUUGAAAUUUGUCGGGCUAGCUGUUGUACCUAAGUUUAUAAAAUUUAUACCAAUCAACGGUCCAGAUGUAGAUGGAUUUGGAUCAAAUAAAGACAUUUUCCAGUUGGAUAGACCAGUCCGUUUCCAUAUGUCAAAAACCGAGGGUACCUUUGUAUACUAUAGUAUUACAGCAUCGAAUGGAGCAGUUGUUAUAAUGUGCAACAAAACAACAGAAGAUGUGUUCGAAAUACAGUUUAACGAGACCGGCACUUACACAGUAGAUAUCACGGCACAUAAUCCAAUAGAUUCUAAAUCGGUUUCUACAACAAUCGACGUAAUGAAAGCCGUCCUUGAUGUAAGCGUAGCAGACAACGGAAAGCCAACAUCUGAAAAUGAAACAAAACUCUUUGAUAUUUCUUUUGCUGAACCUGGAACAAAAACUUGCGUGUUUAUAGAUUAUGGAGACGGUAUUGCUGAAAUGUUUGGUGACGCUGCUUCUUGUUCUGGUAGCUCAUAUGCGGGGUCAGCAACAUAUGUAUCGACCUUUUCUGGUAGUAGUCUUCAGGCUACUCAUACAUACACAAGUAAGAACACAUACGACGUGAGAGUACAUGCCUUCAAUGCGUAUUCAACAUCAGAUUAUUCUGUGUUUCAUGUUGUUUCUUCCAUAGACUGUACAAAACCACAAAUUGAUAUAAAAUAUAAAUAUGUCAAGUUCUGGGAACCCGAGGAAAUUGAAAGAAAAUCUAGGAUACGUGUGAUUGGAGUUACAAGAAUUGACUGUGGGAGUCUUUUACAGAACGUUAAGCAGUGGUCAGUAGAAACCGUAGAUGAGCAGUAUGGUACAACAACAUCGUCUAUUGACUUGUCUAGUAUCGAUUCUAGACUGAAGGCAGAAUUGGAUCUUCCAAGUCUUUUUCUUAACAAAGGCCUUUAUAAAGUAGCUUAUACUAUGGAAAUGGCAGCAGACUCGUUUUCAAAUAACGAAACAUUUAAGUCGACUGCCGUUACGUACUUAAAAUUAAAAUCAUCGAAACUGGUUGUAAAAAUAUUUUCUGGUGGAAUGACGAAAAUACAAAGAGGCAUCAAUACAAUGCUAACAAUAGACCCGUACAGCAAUUCUUAUGAUCCAGACUUACCAACAGGUUCCCCACAGACUUUUACUAACUUUACUUGGUAUUGCCGAGAGGUUGGUGAAUCAUGGCCUGUUCCUGAAACUGUUUCCUCGCCAUAUAGUACUGCAGACCUUCCCAGUGUCUCCAAUGAUUACGGAGGUUGCUUUAAAUUGGGUCCUGGUCGGGUUGAUACAGAUGCGGGAAGCUUAAAAUUUGACACAGGCAACAUGAAGAUUAAUAAGACGUACGAGUUCAAAGUCGUUGCUUUCAAAAAUGGUCAUGAUCCCGCAGAGGCAUCGGCAUUUGUUAACAUAGUUGAAGGAAUACCCCCAGAAAUUGAAAUUAAGUGCUCGAAUGAAGAACUAUGUGUACCGACAGUUGAUGGGUUGAGAAUUGCACCGUCAACACGUCUGGGGUUACUAGGGUAUUGUUCAACUGGAUGUGACUCAAGUACAAAGUAUGAAUGGAAGAUAUAUACAAAGGACCAUCAGUGGAUAUGGAAAGAAGUGCUCGAAUUACCAACUUAUUCAGAUGGCAUCAACUCUAUGAAUAUCGCUAUACAAAAGAAACUAUUCGGUCUAAAUCCUACCGUCACCCAAUACCAAGUGUCAAUAUCUGCUACCACGAGUGGUGGAGAUAGUGGAACAGCUUUUACCAACUUGAUACUGAACACACCACCUAGUGGCGGAACAUGUACAAUAACUCCGAAAAUUGGAAUUGUAUUGCAGACCAAGUUUGACAUAACUUGCAGUGGAUGGACAGACGAUGAUGGUAUUGCAGAAUAUCAGAUGUAUUGUACAUUUAAGGAUGAUAAAGUUUCAAAACAGAUAUAUUUUGGAAGUGAUAAUUUCUAUAAUGGAGAUAUGCCAUUAGGACCGGAUUAUGACGACUAUAAAAUGUUAUGCUAUGUUAGGAUAAAAGACAAAACUGGAUCCUUUAUGGAAUUUAGUCUGGGAGAAAUUCAGGUUAAUCCACUUCCACUUGGAAAUGUAACUGAUCUCUUCAAAACAAUGGAAGACAACAUCGCUGAUUCCUUCGACAAAGUAGCAGCUGAAGGGAAUGUUAAUAGUAUUAACAGCUUAGCUCUAGCAUACAGCACCCUUAUAAGUAUGGCCAGUCAGAAUGAUUCACUAGAGUAUGACAACUUAGAUAUAGCAGCUCGGGAAACUUCUACGGGAAUGGGACCAGAUUACACAGACAGAACUAGUGCUUUUACAACCACAACUAUGGAUCCUGAUACCAAAAAGAAGCUGAAAAAAGAAUAUGAAGCCAAAAGAAAUACAAGAGCGGAAUUUACGAGCCAGAUAUUGGGAGCCCUUGAAAACUGUACCAUAGCAACAACAAGUGCUAUUGCACUGACUGGAAGUACAAUGGCCGAAUUGACCCAGUUUUCCGAAAAUUGUGCAAGAGAAUGUCAGGAAAAGGCUGCUGAUAUAGCUGUUAGUAUGACAAAUAAAUUAGAAGAAUUAGCAAGUACAAGUAGUAAGGAACAAACCAUUGAGGCCUGCGAGGGAAUAUUGGCAGCAUUGGCAAACGUACAGGAGGCUGGUAAUAUACACAAAAACCACCCGACGACAGGAGAUAAAGAAAAAGUUGAGCCUUUCGCUCAUUAUGAUACAGAUUUGGAAUCGGCUAAAAAAGCAAUGCCAGUCGAUAUCACUGACUUAUCGGAUGGUGAUGACAUGUUGCUACUAUAUACGAGUCAGGAUGUUCAAGUAGAAACAUCAGCGAAAACCAAAUCUACAGAAACCAGGAUUUUGAACCUGAUUAGAAAUGUACUACAGGAUACAUUAGUACCUGGUGAACAGCCGGUUACAAUUUCUACUCCUAAAAUGACAGUGCAAUUUGAAAAGAAUAGUGCUGAACAAUUAGCAAACAAAUCUAUAGAAGUAGGCAACGCUAAAGUAGACCUACCAACUUGGUGUGACAUGCAACCCGCUCCAUGUGAUAACAGUAAAACUGUGAUGAUGCAGACUAAAUUCACCACAUAUGCACCUUAUCGGGAUACGGAAACGUCUUCCCAGGUUUCCGAUCGCAGUGGUUCAGUUAGUAUAGAUUUCUAUGACGAUACAGGAUCCACAAUAGGAGUAAGUCUGAGUCCAGAUGUUGAUCCUAUUGAACUUUAUAUCCCACUUGACCGUCUGAUGGAAAAACCAACCCCUGAGUAUGUGGCUCCAUACAUUCCGGAUAGAAAUUGGGAGUUUUUCUAUUACCAUACAACAGAGAUAACACUCGAUAGAGGUUCCCUUCAUAUCAUUCUAAAUAUAGAAGACACUUCGGCACAGUUUUCAUUAGUAAUUCGACUUGGAGCUUUUCCUAAUAUAACGUCAAGAGAAUUUGAUUUCACCUGUUUAGUAGGACCUUCAACUGGUGCAGCUUCAGUGGCUGAUGGUUCUUUAACAAACGAAUGCUUUAUAAGUAGCGAUGAAAUAAAUGGUUAUAAAGGAAAAGUUUAUAUAGGAGUCCGACAAGUGCGACCAUAUGAACUUGAAAGAUACCGUACAAAUGAUCUUAUACCAACUUCGUUCCCUAAAGCAGACAAUUAUUUUACGACCAACUACACAAUAACAACUUUCUCAGCAUCAUGUAACUACUACAGUAUAACAAACAAGAGGUGGCAAUCCGAUGGAUGUAAUGUUGGACCCAAAACAGACACAUCGCUUACACACUGUUUAUGUACCCAUUUAACAACAUUUGCUGGUGGUUGGGUUGUAACACCAAAUACAAUUGACUGGAAUUUUGUCUUCAGUAAUGCAGACUUCCUGACAAAUCCUACUUUGUACAUCACUAUGAUUGUUAUAUCUGUCUUCUAUUUGGUUGUUGUAAUCUGGGCAAGAAGGCAGGAUAAAAAGGAUAUUGAAAAGCUUGGACUAACACCUUUAGUGGAUAAUGACAAGAAGGACAAAUACUUCUACGAAAUAGUUGUUGUAACAGGGAUGAGAAGAAAAGCCGGAACUGAUUCAAAGGUUCAGUUCAUUCUAAGUGGAGAAGAUGAUGAAACAGACGUAAGAACAUUAUCAGAUUCUAAAAGGAAGAUACUGAGACGAGGAACUGUAGAUGGUUUCCUGAUGUCUGCACCAAGGCCACUAGGUGCUCUGAACUAUCUUCACAUUUGGCAUGACAACUCAGGCAAAGGAACAAUGGCGUCCUGGUACCUUAGAAGUGCGGUAAUAAGAGAUGUUCAGACUGACGAAAAAUUUAUUUUUAUAUGCAACAGAUGGUUUGCUGUAGAGGAAGAUGAUGGACAGAUCGAUAGAGUAAUACCUGUUGCUGGAAAGGAACAAAUGACGGAAUUCAGCCACUUGUUUACGGAGAAAACAACUAAAAGUUUAAGUGAUGGUCAUCUCUGGUUCUCUGUGGUUGCUCGUCCUCCACAAAGCAGAUUUACACGUGUGCAGCGUGUAUCUUGUUGCUUAUGUUUACUUUACCUGUCAAUGUUAACCAAUGCAAUGUUUUAUGAGAAAGAUGAAGGUGCAAAGACAUACACGUUUGGACCAUUUGCACUUUCGCCUGAACAGAUAUAUAUUGGAGUUCUUAGUAACAUCAUAGUCUUCCCUGUGACGUUCUUAAUUAUAACAUUGUUUAGAAAAUCCCGUCCUAAAAACAAACGACCAUCUCGGGUGCAAACUGCUCUCAACAACACUACUAAGCGAGCCACAUCCAUGACAGAUGUGAAUCCUACACUCGAAAACACAAGAGAAGGAACGUUGACACCAUCAAUUUUACUUGAGCAGAAAAAUCGUCCAGAUACAUCAAUGUCACGUGGUUACACGUCAUUAUCGGUUGGAGACUUGGCAAAUAAACCAGCAGGAAAGAAAAGAAAAAAGAAGAUGGACUUACCAUGGUAUUUUGUUAUAUUUGGAUGGAUACUUUUAUGGAUUGCCACUUUAGUAUCAGGGGCAUUCGUAAUUUUCUAUGGUAUCCAAUUUCAAGACGUGAAGUGUAAGAAAUGGAUUACAUCGAUGUUGAUAUCAUUCAUUUCCUCAAUAUUUGUGACGCAACCAAUAAAGGUGUUCCUAACUGCAAUAGUGCUGUCCCUAAUCGUGAAAAAUCCCGGAGCCGAUGAUGACGAGGAGGAAGACGAUGAAGAAAAACCACACAUAUCGGCAGAUGAUCCACUUCUUCACGAGGACUCGAUAUUCUCAGCUACAAGACCAAAAAGAGCAGCCUAUGCACCCCCAGACCCGGUGUUGGUAGAAAAAGCUCGACAAGUGAGAUUAAAGGAAAUCAAGAUGUGGUCUGUUGUCAGGGAACUCGUGUUUUAUACGUUUUUCUUGUGGAUUCUAAUGGUCAUCAGCUACAGGAACCGAUCGGAGCUUAUGUAUACAUACAAAAACAGCAUGGAACAAGUAUUCAUAGUUACAAAUGAUACAAAUCAUUGGUUUAUGAAGGCUAAGAACCAGGAUGACUUUUGGUCUUGGGCUAAAUCAGGAAUGGGAAAUGGACUUAGAGCACUCAAUUAUUAUAAUGACGAACAACCCUUAUUCCUUCGUGGUUAUAUCAACGACAAACAAUCUAGGAUUAUGGGAUACGCAACCAUGAGACAACUGAGAGUAACGAAGGGAUCUUGCAAAGUUCCGGACCAAGUUGUAGGUAUAAUACACGAAUGUAACGACGAGUAUAGUGUGCAUAAUCAGGACGAAAAAAGCUAUGAAGCGGGAUGGAAACCGUUGGCUGGAAAUUCUUCCAGAGAAGAAUAUAGAUAUACGACUGCUAAUGAACUUGAUGGAUAUCCAUACUGGGGUGAGAUAUCCGUCUAUAGCGGCGGUGGAUAUGUUGUCAGGUUACGUGGAAACGUCUCAACACUCAGAAAUAAAAUGAUAGAAUUACAACAAGAAGGUUGGAUUGAUCGAUACACACGAGCAGUGUUCGUAGAGUUCACAGUAUAUAAUCCUGGUAUAAAUUUGUUUGCAGUAUCAACAAUGCUCGCCGAGUUCCGACCAAGUCAGGGCAUAGUUCCAUCGUAUCGAUUUGAGCCAGUCAAUUUAUUCCCCUAUAUGAACUCUGCUAUGUUGUUUGUAUUGGCAUGUGAAGUUGCAUAUCUUUUAUUCACCGUGUACUUCAUUUUUGCUGAAGCUCGUAACAUCUACAAGCAGAAGCUGUCCUAUUUUAAGGAGUUUUGGAAUUUGGUAGAGUUGGGAAUUUGUGCAAUGUCAGUUACCGCUGUUGUAAUCUAUUUCUAUCGAAUGUUUGAAACCAACAAGUUGACAGAACGAUUUAAAGUCAGUCAUGGAAACGAGUAUAUGAAGUUUCAAUAUGUUGGGUAUUGGAGUGAAAUAUUUUCUUAUAUAGUUGGUUGGUUGGCUUUCUUUGCAACUUUGAAAUUCCUGAAAUUGCUUCGGUUUAACAAGAAAAUCUGUCUUUUGGCAUCAACAAUUAAAGCAUCCGCAAGAGAUCUUCUUCACUUUAGUGUCAUCUUCAACAUUGUUUUCUUGGCUUUUAUUCAAUUAUUCUACAUGAUUUAUGUGGCAAACAUCAAGUCCUUCAAAACUUUUGUAACAUCUUGCGAAUCAGGUGUUGUAAUGAUGAUGGGUAAAUUCGAUAUUUAUGCAAUGUCCAAUGCACAACCUGUCUUAACACAAGUAUUUCUCUUCUUGUAUGUCGUUGUGAUCACGUUUAUUGUGGUCAACAUGUUCCUCUCCAUCUUGAAUGAAACCUUUUCUUCUGUUCGAAUCGACGCAAAUAAGCAAAGUAACGACUAUGAAAUCGUCCAGUUCAUGCUAGGCAGACUAAAACUAUGGACCGGAGUUGGAAAUCCAGACAAAAACGUUCUUAAACCAAACAGCGUACAUGCAGCAGACACACGUGGCCCGACUGAAUUGUUCCCAGACCAGAUUGAUCGUCUGCUACACUCGAUAUCGCACAUCUACAUGGAGAAAGAACGGCUUGAUGAGUUGUUUGAUAAGAAUGCCUACGGUAAACGAAAAGGAGCUGAUUUACCUAUGUAUGAUCCCCCAUCAGUGCGCAGUCUAAAGUACGAAAAGAUGACUAUGGUUCAGACCUAAGAGAAACAGUAUAUAUUCGUGUUGUGACCUUCGACAAUGCUCUUUGUUGAGCAAACUAAAUUUUUGGGGUAAUCAAAUUUCAAAGCAAUUGGGAGGAUAAGGGAAGGCGUAUUACUUUUCAACAAAAAAAAGAUAUACCCAUAAAUGCUGUUAUUUUACAGAUAUACAAUGUUUUUGUCAGUUCACGAUAAACGUUAAAAAAUCUGCAAUGUUAUCAAAAGCAGAAAUCAUCCUAAAACUAGUAAUUAUUAUUAUAAAACUUUAUUGAUAUUUAUAUAAAUAUAGCUGUGUUCUCAUUGUAAGUGAUUAAUUUCAGAGCUCCAGACAUCUCCUUAUUUCUAUAUUUUUCUUUUGUUUUGAUAUGCUUACGAAAACAUUUUUUUUGUCUGGAUGAAAGUUAAUUUUUAUUUCUAAAAUGUAAAAGAAAUCUCAAUAUUUAUAGGGCAAACACAUGAUUUAUAUUAUUGUUUAUUUGAUACAGAUUAUGAUUUUAAAGUUCAAUAUUUACAAUUUUGUCUGUUCUCAAUUCUUCACCUAUACAUUUGUAGAGAUUGUAAAGUGAAUAAUAAACCUACUAUAUAUCAAAAGAAGAAAAAAAUGUCAAUUACAAAAUAUUUAUUGGAAGGAGUCUUUAUCAAUUAUUUUUAUGAGGAUUUUUUUUCGAAUUUUAAUAAAAAUAUUACACCUAUUUUUAAGUAAAUAAAUCUUUUAAAACUCGUAGUUAUCUUUAUUGUUCAAAUUACUUAAACUAAGUUCAUAACAAAUUUGCAAAUACUUUUGAGUUUUUUUGGUACUUUUAUUUCAAAUGACAUAUGGUGACAAAAGAUAAAACAAAAGUCACAUGUACAUGCAAGGAUUUUAUUUAAAUGGUUUCAAGUAUGAAGUUUUUUCUCCAGGACUAAAUUAAUCACGCUUGUCUGUCUUUUUUGUUCAAUGAGGCAUAGUUCACGAAUCUUAUGCUGAAACACGUUUCCAUAAUUCAUUCUUUAAUCUUCAAAUAUAGAUAAAGUUUUUCAUGUAUUUCCUUUUUCAGAAUUUGAAUAAACUUUGGCUUAA